AUGGACGUGUCUACAGGAUUGCAACUCCUGAACUUAAUUUCUCUGAAUAUUAACUUAACACCAUCGGCUGCGGAGUAUGAAAAGCGCUUUGAAGCGGAUGACCAAAUCCGGCGAGAUAUAUUCCGGAAGUAUGACGGUUCGAUGCCAUUCCGAAAGGAUUCCCCUCUUCAAAUAUUGCCUGUACUGACAAUUGAUCACAUCAGAAGUCUGGAUCAGAACAAGGGAACAAUGACUGUUGCGAUGAGUUUUCUUUUUACCUGGAUGGACGACCGAUUGGCUUGGAACUCCAGUAACUACUCCGGUGUCCAAACAAUCACUGGGCACAAAUUCGACUUCUAUCUUCACGACUUAUGGUUGCCAACGCUUCAUUUAGCUGAUAUGCCUGGCUCCGCCAAACAACAAGAUCUGUUCAAAAACCAUGACGUGGACAUAGUAAUCCACAAAUCUGGAACCGUGAGAGCUAGUAUCAAAGCUCUGAUAACCACUCCUUGCUACUUUGGAUUCGGAGACUACCCCAAUGACUAUCAGAACUGCACCUUCACUCUGAUGUCCCCAUAUUUUGCAGAUGCAUUCCAAUUUUCCGACUGGGGAGGGUUUGCCUAUUCCAAGUAUCUACUGGAAGAUCGUAUCUCAGAUGUUCAAGAUUUUAUGUUGAUUAACGUGGACUCUCAUAGAUAUUUCAUGUAUCUUGGCAUGGAUGUGGUUGAGAAUAUUGGAACUCUUCCCCCUGGCUACUGUAGAGGAUUCUACCGUUAUGUGCUGACUUUGAAAAGAAUGAACAAGUUGGUAUUCUCACAGCUUACAGCGCCAAUGAUUGUGAUUAUUGUACUCAUGACCAUUGCCGGAUUCCUGCCAAACAGGUACGGUCUUCCAGUGCUUUUGGCCACUCUGGGAAUCGAAUUGAUGUUCACAAUCUCUAUGACAGAUGUACUCCCGGAUAACUUCAAUGGAAUGCCUAAUAUUGGAAUCCUCGCAAUCCUCCUUGUCAUUGAAACGAUGGUUCUAACUGCUUGGAAAGUUUUCUCGAUCUACACCCGCAACAACAGACGUCUGAGAGUUGUGAAGGAAGAAGAUCAAAUCUAUCAGAUUGUCAUAUGGACUGAUAGAGUUCUUAUGGUUGCAUUGAUUGUGGAGGGAAUGAUUAAUAUUCAUAUUGCUAAAGCUAAUUGA